GAUAUUCAUCUGCAUGUUCCAGAGGACGGACCCGUCAGCUGAGAUGGUGAUGUUGUGGAGGAUUUUUGUGCACGAGGAGAAGUCAGCUCUGGCACAGGAGAAGAAACUCGCUGUGGAAGGUGCUAACGGAACUCCUGUUGCCGCCCCUUCGCCCAGCACCAGUCAGGAGCCGGCAGAACCGCCUGCAGCCGCCCUGCCCGUCGUCGGCACGGCAACCACCGCCUACCUGCAGCCCUCGGCACCGACUAACACCUUCCCAAAGAGCACGGCAACUGUAACAACCUCCAGAUCGCUUACAGCAGCCUCCUCGGUUCUCAAGCCACACACGAAAACUGUUACACAGGAUCCUUUAAUGGUACAGGGAAGGACUGUGGCAGCCAAGGUGGCUGUCCCUGUUGCCAGGGGCGUGGCUGUCCCCAUGGAGACAAAAGAACCUAGUGACGAAGAGAGUGAGGAUGAAGUUGACAUGGCGGACACCGUUGGGGCAUCUCAACCUGCAAUGUCAUAUCUGAACAUUGACAGUUCGAGUAUGAUAGAAGCUGUGAAGGCCACGAGCCCGGCUAGGUUAAAGAGCGAGUCGGAAAUGGCCGUCGCGAGCCUUCUCGGCGAGGAUUCGGUCGACAUUGACAUUCUUAAUUCCGACAUCGCGAACUCUGACCUCCCGGAGGACCCCGGCGUGGACGCAGUACGUAGCCUGACAGGCGCGCUCAGUCCGACGCGUAGGAACUUGAACUUGGACGCAGCUGCCAACGAUUUCGAGGAUGACUCUGAUGAAGAGCCAGAUUCUCUCAACGAGCAGGUGCAAAGUGCAAUCAACAGUAUCCUUGAACUUCAAGGUCGCGGUCCGCUGGACGAGGAAGACUCUCCCCAAGACGUCUUCAACCCAUUUUCUCAGGAUCCUCCUUGCUCGACUUCAAGUGAACAGAAUAUCGAUGAAGACAAUGCGCUAGACGAAGCUGUCAAAAGCAUCUUAUUCUAACAUAGUAGCAAAAAACGCAGUGCCCAUUUCAUUUUUGUAUUUUUGCUCCAAAAAAUCUAAUUGUACUGUCCACUAAAAUCUUGUAGUAAGAAUAACAAGUGCAUUUAAUAUUGCAGUUAUUCGUUUUUCAGAGCCUUCCUUGGAAAAUUAUUGCGGGUCAUAAAAAUUGUGGAGUCUAUAGAUAAAGUGUAAUAAAAAAUACUAUGAAGAUUUCCCGCCACAAAAAAUUCAAGACAUAAUUCUGAUAAUCAAAUCAUUACAGUGCAAUUUGGUUGGUACUAGUCUGACUUAACAUGGUCACACGAGAGAAAAAUUUGGUACAUUCCAUUUCACCCUUUUGAACUAAGUCUUCGCUUCUAAACGUUGAACCUAACCCUAACCUGAUGUUUUUUGCUGCAACUAGUUCAAAUGUUGUCCAUAAAUGCACCCGUAGGACACGAUUCAGAAUUUGUCAUUUUACAUGGCCAAAGUUUUGCUGCAAAUAGUGGAUUGAACUGGAUUCUUUCUUCUU